AUGGUUGACUGGUGCCCGAGUCAACGGUGCCGGUUGGACAGACGGGCAGAACCCAAACUGGUACUAUAUUACCAGUCCCCCGGCUACGGCGGGCUGGAAAGCUCUCAACCAGGACAACGGCUUUGUCGAUCCGGCUUCAUUCCAGACCUCAAACAUUGACUGUCACAAGAGCGCAGUUACAAACACCCAGUAUGUCACCGCCAACGCUGGUGACACACUCACGCUGUACUGGAACACCUGGCCCGAUAGCCAUAAAGGUCCAAUUAUCAACUACAUUGCACCUGUUUCAAGUAUGUCACUGCACUUCUCAUUGAAAAUUCUAAAGGUUCCACGUAACAGCCAACAGCUUGCUAACUCCCGGUGAAGGCUUCGCCUCGGCGACCGCAGGAAACCUGGGCUGGUCUAAGAUUUCAGAAGCUGCUUGGAUCUCGGGUUCUAAUCCAGGAACCUGGGUAACUGACACGCUCAUCGCCACCGGGAAUUUCAGCAGCACCGUUAAGAUUCCCUCAAAGCUCAAGGCCGGUAAUUAUAUCCUUCGCCAUGAGAUCAUCGGACUCCACAGCGCCGGCAACGACAAUGGCGCACAGGCCUACCCGCAGUGCCUUAACCUCGUAGUCGGUGGUAGCGGAACUGUAUCAGCACCGUCUGGAACAAAAGGUACUGCCCUCUAUAGCAGAAGCGACCCGGGAAUCCUGUUCGACCUCUACAGGACAUUCUCAAGCUAUACUAUUCCCGGGCCUGCUCUGUGGACUGGGGCCAACUAG